GAAACGUCAUUUCCCAGAGUUGCCACUGACGUGUCUUUGGGAGACAUAGAGGCUGGGGUAGCCUCACUAAUCAUUUUUUAUUUUAACUUUAUAAAAUAUUAAUUUCUGUAAAACGAAACGACCGUUUAAUUGUACCUUCCAGUCAGCGUAGCGGGUGUGUUUAUUGCUGUAUGUGUUUUGUUGUUGUUGUUUACCGUAGUUAGGGGCAGUAAUUAAACGGUGGCAAGAUGUUGGAUUUCUUUACCAUCUUCAGCAAGGGGGGUCUGGUUUUGUGGUGUUUCCAGGGCGUGAAUGGAUCUUUCACCGGGCCCGUCAAUGCGCUCAUCCGAUCUGUCAUCUUGCAGGAACGCAGUGGCAGUAACUUAUUCACCCACGAUGCCCUGAGCCUGAAGUAUAAACUGGAUAACGAGUUUGAACUCGUGUUUGUGGUGGGGUUCCAGAAGAUCCUGACGCUGACGUACGUUGAUAAGUUUCUGGACGACGUGCAGCUACGCUUCCGGGAUCGCUAUAAGAAUCAGCUCGAACAGAAAGGGGCGAUGAAAUUGCUCAACGGUUCUUUCCAGUUCCAGGAUGACUUCCAACAACUGCUUCGGGAGGCUGAGGAGAGCACUAAAGCGUGCGCUCCUGCCCCCAUGAAGACCUUCAAGCAGUCACAGAAAUCCCAGAAGACUGUGAAAUCCAUGAUCGAAACGAGAGGAGGGGAGAAAGGAAAGGAGAAGGAGAGCAACAAGAAAAGCAAAAAUGCCAAAAAGGAGGCCUCAGCAGCUGAGGGAGACGGGGACUCCACCAGAGGUGGGACACAAUCAGGGCUCCCCAAGAAGAGCUCCCCCAAACCGCAAGAGAAUGGAAACGAGGGGCUGACCCCCGAAGAGAUCAAGAGGAACCAGCAGGAGUUCUUCAGACGUAUGGGAGGAGGAGGUGCCAAGAAACCAAGCAGCAGCAGCAGCAGCAGCAAGUCCCCGAAGCCCGAGAAGCUGCAGCGGGUGAAGGGGAAUCGCGAGUGGGUGAUGGGCGGCACCAACACCAAGGAACUGGACUACAGCAACAAGGACAUGAACGGGUCCCAGGACACACUGCCUGCCAGCAAAGACAAUGCUGAAGACCUGAAGCAGCUUGGUCAGAUGAAGGGAGACCUGCGAUCAGUGGAUUACGAGAGCAGCGAGGAAGAGGAGGAGGAUGAAGAGGUGGUGGUGUCAGCAGCAGCAGCAGCAGCCAAUCCCAGCAAGAGCAGCUCGAAGAGUUUCAGGGGCGUGUUCGGCAUGCUGAAAGGACUGGUGGGCUCCAAGAGCCUGUCCCAGGAAGAUAUGGAGCCAGUGCUGGACAAGCUGAGAGACCACCUCAUCGCUAAGAAUGUAGCAGCUGACAUUGCCUCCAAACUCUGCGAGUCUGUGGCCAAAAAACUGGAAGGAAAAGUCAUGGGCACCUUCACCACCGUGACCUCCACUGUGAAGCAGGCUCUCCAGGACUCGCUGGUUCAGAUUCUGCAGCCCAAGCGCCGCGUGGAUAUCCUGCGGGACGUCAUGGAGGCGCGGGCCCAGCGCCGGCCCUUCGUCGUCACCUUCUGUGGGGUCAACGGGGUCGGCAAGUCCACCAACCUGGCCAAGAUCUCGUUCUGGCUGAUUGAGAACGGCUUCAGCGUGCUGAUCGCAGCGUGUGACACGUUCCGAGCGGGUGCGGUGGAGCAGCUGCGCACCCACCAGCGCCGUCUCAACUCCAUGCACCCCCCCGAGGAGAACGGGGGGCGGCCCCGGGUCCAGCUCUACGAGAAGGGCUACGGCAAGGAUGCCGCCGGCAUCGCUAUGGAGGCCAUCGCCUACGCCCGGAGCCACAGUUUCGAUGUGGUGCUGGUGGACACCGCUGGCCGCAUGCAGGACAACGCCCCUCUGAUGGUGGCUCUCGCCAAGCUGAUCGCCGUCAACAUGCCUGACCUGGUGCUGUUCGUGGGGGAAGCGCUGGUGGGGAACGAGGCUGUAGACCAGCUGGUGAAGUUUAACCAGGCGCUGGCAGACCACUCCAUGUCAGACAAACCGCGGAUCAUUGAUGGCAUCGUCCUCACCAAGUUCGACACCAUAGACGACAAGGUGGGUGCUGCUAUUUCUAUGACCUACAUCACCGGCCAGCCCAUCGUGUUCGUGGGCACUGGGCAGACCUACAGCGACCUGCGCAGCCUCAAUGCCAGGGCCGUGGUCAGCGCCCUCAUGAAGGCUUAAAUGAAAGCUGCACGAACGGGAGGUGCUGCCGUCUUCCCAACAUGCAACAUGCUUCAAGAAUUCCACUUCUGCUAUAGCGGCUCCCAUCAUUACAAACUCAAUCACACAGGCUUUGUGCUUUUCCAUCUGGAGAGUAAAAAAACGAAUUACGCUGGUAGUUUGGUGUAGCGGUUAGAGAUACUGGGGUCUAAUCCCAGCUCUGUGGAGCAAUAGAUGCUUACCCUCCUCUUGUGCCUCAAUCGCCCCACGUUAUUACUGGAGAGAAGCAACAGGAUCUCCACUGCCAGAAAAAAUUUUAAAAAAUAGUUGCUAGAAUGACUUUUUUCUUCUAUUCUAAAUUAAGUAUAACGGUUUGUUUCAGUUGUCGAUUUUUACCGAUUUUGGCAGCUAGAGAGUAUAUGAUUUUUUUUUUUAAUUUAUUGAAUCUGUCACCAGACCAAAGCUAAAAUCUGCCAAUCCAGGUUGUAAAAAAACAGUGUUACUCGGGGCAGAAACGGGAAUAAAGCACUUUUUUCUUGCUUUUGGGUGACCAUAUAUUAUCCAAACAAGGCAGGUGAAAGGGUUUUGAAUGCAGGUACUGCAUGUUUACUGGAAUUGGUUUUCCUUGUAGAAAAAGAUUGUUAAUAAACUUUCCAAAGUGCCCAAUGCUGUACUAAACAGAUGUUACAUAUGUAAUAAUAAUAAUAUUAGUAGUAGAAGACUGAUCCCAGAUGAGGAAUGUCACAAGCCCUGUGUGUGGUAUCCUGUCUGCCUUUCUCUUACGCUCUUGCAGUUUUAAGGACUAGUGUCUCGGAGAUAGUGAGCGAUUGAUCGAGCUACUUUCAAACCCUUAGUUCAGUUCCCUUUACUGGGGACAGCAGCUCCGCAUGGAACCCACAGUGGCUUACGACAGCCGCACACACCUUUCACGAAGGCUGCUGGAGCGAUAGUUUCUUUUUUUAAUCUUCCAAAAUAUAAGAAGGAAUCAAUAGAAAUGUAUAAUAGAGGUAUAAAUGCACCCAGACCCCUCUGCACUAGUGCAAUACGAGAGAAUUGAGAGCUAUAUAGAGAAAUACAUGUGAUAAUUUAUGAGAAUGAAAUACGUUUCUUAAAUAAAGCUGCUAUUAUAGCCA